GUCACCGGGUGGGUGUGGCCAGACGCGCCUCCUCAGGAGCUCGAGGGUGCUCAGAGGGUCCAGGGGAUCGGGGAGCCCUCACCCGGCAGAGGCAGGACCUUGCUGUCUGCUGUCCCUCAGCUCUUUGACACCCGGUUGUUUUUGCCCCACAGUUGGGCUUUGGCCCAGGAUCACAGGUGACUGGGGUCGGGGAGGGAGUUUGGCCGCCAGCCGGGGAGUCGCGCGCGUGCGCACGACACCAACCGGCUCCCACGCGCCGGAACUACGCUCCUGGACUAGAGGGAUGGAAGAGCUCCGCUGCCCCGAAGCCAAGCUGGCGCCACCAGAGGUAGUCAUAGCUACCGAAGCCCCGCCACCCUCCCUUGUGGAUCGAUACUUCACUCGCUGGUAUAAAGCGGAUGUUAAAGGAAAACCCUGUGAGGACCACUGUAUACUCCAGCACUCCAACCGAAUCUGUGUCAUCACACUGGCAGGAUCCCAUCCAGUUCUUCAAAGUGGCAAAGCCAUUCAAAGGAUUUCCUAUCAGAUCAGUAACAAUUGCAGCAGACUUGAGAACAAAGUAUCUGGGAAAUUUAAGCGGGGGGCACAGUUUCUAACAGAGCUUGCACCUCUGUGUAAGAUAUACUGCUCUGAUGGAGAGGAAUAUACCAUAUCUAGCUGUGUUAGAGGUCGAUUGAUGGAGGUGAAUGAAAACAUUCUUCAUCAGCCAUCUCUUCUUCAAGAAAAGCCGUCCACUGAAGGCUACAUUGCAGUUGUAUUACCCAAAUUUGAAGAAAGUAAAAGCGUAACAGAAGGGUUGCUGACACAGCAACAGUAUGAAGAGGUUGUGGUAAAACGCACUAAUGCCACAGCCACCACGCCCUGAGUCUUUCGAUGGAGGCAGCACUGGAUUCUCAGCCUACCCGGCCUAACCCAUCAGUGCCCUGAAGACAGCCAGUGUGUAUGAAGCAUUCCUCGCAGCCGCCUAGCCGAGAGAGAAGCCUAAACCUUCACCUAACCUAAUUUCCCUCCUUUGUCUUACAUCACAAGCCUUGUUCCCAUCUGUAUUCAGGCUCUCAGACCUGCCUUGCCCAGGCUCUUGCUUUGUGUGCUGGGAAGCGCACUUGUGGGUGUUCACUUGCGUAUACGUCAGAAAACAACUUCAAGUGCUUUUUUUAACCACAGUUUCUCAUUGGCUUGGAACUUUGCCAGAUAGCUCAUGUACUUCCAGGGAGGUACCUGUGUUCUCUGCCUCCCACCUUCCCAGGCUGGUAUUACAAGUACACACCACCAUGCCCUCCUUUAUAUGGGCCUGGAAACCCAAACUCUGGGCUUCAUGCUUUCAAGUUGUAUUAGUUACUGUUCAGUUGCUGUGACAAAAUACCACAACCAAAAGCAACUUCACAAAGACUUUAUCUGGGCUUGUAGUCCAGAGGACUAGAUGACUAUAGCAGUGGGAAGGCAAGGUAGCCAGGGCAGGAAGCUAAGAGAUCCCAUCCCUACCACACACCAAGACUGCUCUUGGUGAACUGGAAGGAGAAUGAGGUUAUAAACAGGCCCUGGUGAUACAAUUCCCCAUCAAGACUUUCUGUCCUAAAAGUCCCAUAAGCCCCCCCAAACAGUACCAAUGACUGGGGACCAAGUGUUCAAAUACCUAAGUCUAAAGGGGUCAUUUUUCAUUCAAUCUACAACAUUCUUCCCAUAAUGGCUAUAGGCUCAUAGUCAGGUCAUGCAAAAUGUAGUUAGUCCAAUAUCAAAAGUUCCCAUAGCCGUUAAUAGUCUCAGUGCUGUUCCAAGAUCUCUUCAGAGACUCAAUGCAAUGUCUUAUCUCCCCUGUGAAUCAGAGAGCCAGGAACAUACUUCCAACACACAAUGGCACAGAAUAUACAUUCCCAUUCCAAAAGGAAGGGGUGAUGACAUAGUGAGGGAAUAUUGGACCAAAGAGUAAAAGCAUGAUGAAAGCCAGACCCUGCAGCUCCAUAUUCUCUAUCUAAGGGUUUAGUUUCUGAGAUGCCUCUGACCCGUCCACACUGCUGCCUGUAACAGAUCAUUCUCUGGUGAUUCUGCUCUGUGCAGCUCUUCCUUGGCAGAUGUCUCACAACUUGUAUUUCCAGUGUCUUGGGAUUUGUGCCACAACCCAAAUUUUACCUUGACAGCUUCACAGUGGCCUCUCAUGGCCUUGCAGAAACUCUGUCUCUGCCACAUGUUUCCUCAGUGACUUUCUGAAGCCAGGAAGAAUCCACUUUUCAUUCUUGCAUCUUUUAUGCCUGCAAAGCUAGUACCAUGUGGAAAAUAACUUGAAAAAUAGACUGUCAGCUUACAGUGCCUUUCACGUCCACGGCAGCUCUUGUAUGGUGGUGCUUUCUCCAAGCGAACAGCCAGGUUCUUAAUGCUGUCUUUCAGAGUGGAGGUUUAUCUGAAAGGAUUCUCUCCUUGACCAACUUCCACUGUCCCAGUGUUGAGCAAGAGACACUUUAAAAAACUUUAUUGAUUCUCUGUGAGUUUCAUAUCAUGCACCCCAGUCCCACUCAUCUCCCUGUCCCUCAUAAUAGCCCUUCACCCUUGCAAUCUCCUCCCAAAAUAAAAGCCACACACACACACGAACAAAACAAAGCUUAGAUAAUAUCUCGUGGAAAGUAGAAUAUCAGAGUGUGUCCCACAGUCUAUACGUCUGUCUGUGCAUCCUCACUUGCAAAUGUUCAUUGCAGUGAAUGGUUGGUCUGGUUCGAGAUCUCUGACUUUGUGACACCAUCAAUAUUGUAUCCUCAGCCAGGCGUGAUGGCGCACACCUUUAAUCCCAGCACUCAGGAGGCAGAGGCAGGUGGGUUUCUGAGUUCGAGGCCAGCCUUGUCUACGAAGUGAGUUCCAGGUCAGCCAGGGCUAUACAGAGAAACCCCGUCUUGAAAAACCAAAAAGAUAUAUUGCAUCCUCCUCGGGACUCCUCCCAGUUAUUCUGUUGUUGCUCUGUGUCAUGGAGGUCCUGCAGCUUUGGAGCCGCAGGACUGGUCCCUUCACAGAUUGAGGAGAUUUGGGGGUGGGCCAAUUCAGAGUCCUAGACCUGAGCCUGGCGGUAGCUGAGCUGGCCAAGAGGCCACCUCUUCCUUAUCUGUACCACCUGGAGGAGCCCUUUUUCUUUCUUAAAUGUGUGAGUGCUUUGUCUGCAUGUACAUUCGCAUACUAGAAGAGGGCAUCAGAUUCCUUUACAGAUAGUCAUGAGCCAUCAUGUGGUUGCUGGGAAUUUAACUCAGAACCUCUGGAAGAACAGUCACUGUCCUUAAUCACUGAGCCAUCUCUCCUGCCCAAACCAGGGGACUUCUUAAUAGCCCCAGUCUCUAAUAAUAGCAGCCUUUCUCAGUACAUGCCUCCCAGGUCAUUAAGUCAAUAUUGAGCUUCUCUGUGUUCUCUUCACCAAGCUGUACACUUGGUAUUUACCCCCAACGUGCUUGUUUUCACUGAUCAAGUCUAUACUGUCUUGAAAUAGCUAGUGGCAGAGAAAUCAGACCAUUACUUUUUAAUUCAGCGUCAUGCCAAAUCUCAGGACUUGGAUAGAAAGCAGGCAGAUUCUUCGUCAAGGGUCACAUAAAUGGCCUCCAGCUACUUUGCUAACAGAGACUGUUUGCCUCUAAAGCCCCAGGAGCCAGGGCCUCUACUGUCAAUAUUAUUCCAAGCACUAUAGUCUUCUAGGCUUAAAACAGCAAGUGCUGUUCCACAGUGCUCUCAGCAUUCACCCAUUUUUCUGGUCCAAAGUUCCAGAGUUCCACAUUUAAAAAAAAAUGCCCUCAUGGUCACAUUUUUUUCACAGCAACACUCUCACUUGUUGGUAGCUUCUGUAUUAGUUGCCUAUCUGUUGCUGGGAUAAAACAACGUGACCAAAAGCUUACGGCCUCAGGGAGCUAGAUGCUCAUGGCAGCAGGCACAAGAAGCUGCAAGACCACACAUCAGCACACCCUGGGAGCACACAGUGAAGUAGACCUUGGCUGUAAACACAAAGCCUGCCCCCAAUGGCAUGCCUCCUCCAGCAACUCUGUAUCUUAAAAGUUCAUAACAUCCCCCAACAACAGCGCCACCAGCUAGGGACCAAGUGUUCAGUUACUUGAGACCAAGGCACUUUUCCUCCAGUCUACAGCAGAAGGCAAGCCCUACACUGACGGAGCCUUUUCUCCAGCCUCACUCUUCCUCUCUUGCUGCUCUAACAAGUGGCAAAUAAGGAAUGCUUUUCUGAUGAGAAAACACAAAGCUCCUGAGAAAGAUUGUGGUUUUACAGUUCUGUCACCAGGGAGUAAACUGUUAAUAAACCGUUCCUCGACUUUUUAAAAGGUG